GUGAAGCUAUCAAAUGUUUUGUCGAUGAAAGACAUGGCAGGAAAAACAAAGCUUGCCCUUAAUGGAAAGAUGGCGCUGGCCAAUUCAGACGGAGGUGAGUACAUCUGAGCAGAGACAAGCAAUGGAUCUCGGUUGUGACUUGAACAUCACGGAGGAUGAUGGCCGUGGGAGUAACCAGAGUUUGAACAGCAACACCAGUCUUCCCAAUGUUCAGAGAAAUGCGUGUGACACCAAGAGAUCAGUUGCCAGUUGGGCUGUGUCUUUUGAAAGAUUGCUGCAAGAUCCCAUCGGGGUGAAAUAUUUCACAGAGUUUUUAAAGAAGGAAUUCAGUGCUGAAAACAUAUUGUUUUGGCAAGCCUGUGAACGCUUUCAGCAGAUCCCAGCAGAUGACUUGGACCAACUCUCAAAAAUUGCCAGUGAGAUCUACAGAACAUAUCUGUCCAGCAACUCACUCAGUCCCAUCAACAUUGAUAAGCAGGCACAACUGGAGGAGGAUGUUCUCAAUGAUCCGACAUCGGAUAUGUUCAAAGCACAACAACUUCAGAUCUUUAACCUGAUGAAAUUUGACAGCUACACUCGUUUUGUGAAGUCCCCCCUUUAUCAACAGUGUGUGUUGGCAGAGGUGGAGGGCAAACCACUUCCUGGUGAUACCUCACAGGAACUGGAACACAGUCAUGAUAAGGAGAGUGCCAGCCUCUGUGAUGCCAAGAAGAAGAAGAAGCUGAAGUCAGGAAAAUCAUUCAGCGGCUUGCCACAGAACGGCUGUGACGGGAAAAGCGGAAGCCCGGAGAAACAGAUCCGGAGGAGUAAGAGCAAACUAAGUCGGAAGAAAGAUAAAAGAGACUCUUUUGGAGUGGAUUUUUCCGACAGCAAUGGCCUCUUGCUGUCUCGCCGUGAGUCUCAGGGAUCUGUGUAUUCAGCAGCCAGUGUGGAGCUGGGGUUCCUCAGCUCUCUUCAAGCCAGAACAGAGUAUGAGAGACCAAGCCCAGAAGUAGAAAAUGGGAAGAAAGUGAAAUACUGCUGUGUUUACCUGCCUGACACAACCGCCUCUUUAGCAAUGGUUCGGCCCGGCUUGACCAUCCGAGAUUUACUGUCCGGCGUUUGUGAAAGGCACGGGAUUCCUCUGGCAGCCGCUAGUGCCUACCUGGCUGGAAGUGACAAGAAGCCCCUAGCUUUGGAUCAGGAUAGUAUGAUCCUCUGUGACCGGGAGCUUCGAGUGGAAAAGAAAAUCCUGUUUGAGUUGGAGCUUGUUCCAGUCAAUCGGAAACUUUGGGUGACGGCGCGACCAACCAAAACUGUGUCUGAGGCUUUGCAGCCAUUUCUGAUCAAAUAUAAGUUAAAUUCCAGCGAGGUGGAGGCUAAAAUUAGUGGAGGUUCCCAACCUUUGAAACCGGAUGCCAUUGUGUCGUGCCUGGAAAAUCAACAAGUGAUCCUGGACAUGAUAAAAAUACCCAAACAAGGUGAUCAAGAGGAGAGGAAGGAUUCCAACCAAUCAUCGACUUGCCUUCAGACGCAGGAGAAGACGUCCACAGAGAGAAGAGAACUCCUGGACAGUCCGGUGCACUCAUCUCAGACCUCGAGGAGAAAUAGAAUGAAAGGGAAAGCUGAAGAGAGGAAGGAGCUCUACCGCAAGACAUACGAUGUCGAAGCCCUAUUUGAGAUGCUGUCCAAAGCGCAGAGCUGCCGUGCUAAUGACCAGCGAGGCCUCUUGAAGAAGGAAGAUUUGAUUCUUCCAGACUUCCUGCAGCUUCCGGAGGAACUGGCUGGCAUCAGUCUUCAGGCACCCGAGCCGGACACUGCCAGUGAGGAAGGUGCCAAAGAUCAAACCCAUCCGGAGAAAAGUCUGGCCGAGAGUGCGCAGGUACCGGGAACUCCGAGUGAGAAACCGACUCCAAGUGUCGCCAUCUUACAGGACACGGAACAAGAUAGUUCACAUGAGCGGAACAGUCCGUGCCCCAGAACGGUUUUCUGACAGUGAUGAGACAGUGCGCUGGUGGCCUGCAGACCACCAGGUUGUAAAACUGGACCGACUCGGGGCAGUUUCUUCAGCUGUUCCAGUUUUCCCAACACGGGGACCAAAAGACCACGGCCAGCAGGGGGCAGGAUUUCCCUCAACCCUGUUGAGUCCUCAUGAGCCAACACUGCCAAUUCCCUCAGCAAUGUCUCUGAUGAUUCAGCAUUGGUGGUAACGCUGUAUUUUACUCCAGGGGAGUGGGAGGGGAAUGUGCCAAAUAGCUUCCUUCUGCGAUUCUAUUAAUCCUAGUUCAAGGGUCAUUGCAGAGCCCGAGCUAUGAAAGACAUUAUGUUGGAAUGUGGUAAAUAUUGCACCUCAGGUUAGCACUGUCUGAACAAUCCCCACCUCUUCAUGAUCUACCUACAGUUCACCAUUCAGCUAUUGGCAAGUCUGAAUUAGUUGAACUCCGAGAACGGGCUCAGAUUUUAUAUCUGAACACCUUGACAUUCAGAGAGCUAUGCUCUUGAUCAUAAGAGUCAUACACCUGGAUCAAAAGCUGGUGACUGACUGAACUUCAUUCGAAGUAUUUCCUGGAUUGUUCCCACAGGGACGACUUCACCUCAACUCAUGCACUUAUUCAUUCUCCAAUUUGUUUACAUGGACCUGUUAUCAUUGUGAAACUUUGCUUUUUUGUAACUAAAUGUAACUGAAGAAUGUGGGCCUCAGGGCGAUGCAAUGAAAUGUCCAUCUCCAAGUCAGGGUCCAUGCACCUACUGUACAGCAUCAACUGGUCAGGCAAUGAGAACAAACAAGUGAUUUAGGGAUAGACGUAUGUUAUUGUGCCAACCUGCACUUCUGUGAUGUGGAAAAGCCACAUAGAGUCCGCAUGAGAAAGCUUCUGUAUGGUCCAUAGGUUCCCCCUCACAGGAAUCGCACAGUGAGCUUAUAUCACUGUGUGUCAGGUUAUAUGGCUUUGUGUGUAUGUGUGAGUGUGUCAGGUUGUAUGGCUGCAUGUGUGAGAUGCUGUGUCGCUAUGAAUGUGUAAGGUUAGAUAACUAAGUGUGUGAAGGUGUCUGGUAGUGAGUGUGAGUGAAAGGUUAUAGAGCUGAGUGUGUGUGAGAGGUUGUUUAGAUGUGAGUGUUUGUGUGUGAAGUUAUGUAACUGAGUGGGUGUGAAAAGUUGUGUCACUGUAUCUGCAAGAGGUUCUAUAGCUGUGAGUGUGAGUGAGAGAGAGGUUGUAUGUCUGAGUGUGAGAGAUUGUGUGUGCGUUUGUUUGUGUGAGAGGUUAUAUGUCUGUGUGUGAGUGUGAGCGAUUAUGUGUGUGUGUGAGAGAGAGGUUAUAUGUCUCUGUGUGUGAGAGAGGUUACAUGUCUAUGUCUGUGUGUGUGUGUGUGUGUGUCUGUGUGUGAGAGGUUAUGUAUCUGUGUGUGAGGUUAUAUGUCUGUGCGUGUGUGUGUGUGUGUGUGUGUGUGUAAGGUUAUACAUCUGUGUGUGCGUGUGUGUAUAUGAGGUUAUGUAUUCUGUGUGCCUGUGUGUGAGGUUAUAUGUCUGUGUGUGACUGAGAGAGGUUAUGUGUCAGUGCGUGCGUGCGUGCGUAUGUGCGUGUGCGUGUGCGCGUGUGGCAGGCUGGUGGUUUGAGUGUGGGACUGAGCGCCUGUGCAGGUUGGCCAACCUGUUUGCAUUUGAUGAUCGCGAGGGUCACCUUUGCUGAUUCUGGAGGGCAGUUGUUUGUGGCAAAGCUCGCCAUUUUGCUCAUGUUUUUUUUGUGUGAUGUUGAUGCCAAACCUUGAGGUGAUUUAAUGUAUUAAUUGAUCCCAGCCUCUUCAGUGUCAAAUUAUUGGUGUGAGGCUGGAGUCACAUCUGACUAGACUG